AUGGUCACAUUUGUGACGUCGCUGUCGAGGCUGAAGAAGGACCACAGAUUCUACUACGCCCAAGUCGCACCUAAAGACUACAGAAAAGCCCAUAAUCAGAUUGACAUACUUAUCCAAUUUACAACUUCUCUCAAAAUGUCCUUCCUCUAUCAAACCACUCCCGUGCUUCGCACCGCGGUCCGAUCAUCGAUCGUGCGCUCAUCACCUCGCCUCUUCUCUACCACAGUCAUUCAGCAGAAGUCCGCCACCGAAUCAGUCAAGGAUGGUCUCAAGACGGUCGACCGAGCAGUUUCAGAUGUCGCGGUUGCCGGCAUCGACAAAGGAGUCGAACUGAAAGACAAAGCCGCCGAAGCCAUCGGUGUCGAAACCCAAAAGGCCGAGGGCACCGCCUCUCAAGUUGCCGGUGAAGCCAAAGGAAAAGCCGCUGAAGUUACGGGCAAGGCAAAGGGCAAAGCGGAGGAAGUCAAGGGCAAGAUGUCGUGA